GUAAGCCUCAGCUAAAGCGCACGAACCCUGCUCUAGUAAUCAGCCGAUGAUCUUCCUCAACCACCAAAGUACUAUUUUUUUGUUCGCGCAAAAAAGAGUCAACUUUAGUCGCUUAAUUGCUUCAAACUCCCUCUCUCUUGGAAUCCUUAUGAACUCAUUCCGUGCCGUUGCAUGAUGUUUCCAUGAACUUGGUCGGGAGAAGAUCAAUUUCCUCUCGGCCGAAUUUGAGGCAUGAAGCCGAAUCCAAAGUGGUUGCCCUGUGCAAUCUCGGCCGCCUCAGAGAAGCAAUUGAAGCCUUUUGCUCUUACCAGAGCCCACUAUCUUCUUCCACCUACUCGCAUCUCCUCCAGCUUUGCGUCGAUACAUGCGCCAUAGAUGAAGGAAAAAUCCUCCAUGAGAGUAUUUUGGCUCGUGGGUAUUGUCCAAAUCUUCACCUGAACACCAAAUUUAUCAUAUUUUUUGCUAAAGCUGGAGAUUUGGUUUCCGCUCGAAAGGUGUUUGAUGGAAUGCCUGAAAAAAAUGUCGUCUCUUGGACUGCAUUGAUGUCUGGAUACUCGCAAAAUGGGUUAUUGGAAGAAACUCUUGACAUAUUUUAUUUGAUGCAUCGGGGGUGUAAUAAGGCCAAUCAGUUUACUUAUGCUAGUGUUCUUAAGGCAUGCACUGGAACCGGUUGUAUUAGAAGCGGGUUGCAGAUUCAAGGUUGCAUUGAGAAGAGCAGAUUUAGACAAAAUUUAUAUGUGAAUAGUGCUCUUGUGGAUUUUCACUUGAAAUGCGGAGUGCUUCAGGAUGCUCAAAGUUUGUUUUGGAGAAUGGAGGAUAGAGAUGUUGUAUUGUGGAAUUCCAUGAUUGGAGGGCAUGCAGUUUGCGGUUUGGCUUAUGAUUCAUUCAGAUUGUUUUUCUCUAUGUUGAAAGAAGGUAAGAUACCGGACCAUUUCACAUUUGCAAGCAUCCUGAGGGCAUGUGGUUUAGUCAAGGAUUUCUUAAAUGCUGAUAAAAUGCAUUCCCUCAUUAUCAAAUCUGGAUUUGCAAAUCAUUAUGCUGUCGCUGGAUCACUUAUUGAUGCAUAUGUAAAAUGCAGGAGAAUAACUAGUGCCAGAUUGCUCUACGACUCUUUGCCUGAACAGGACCUUGUCUCCUGCACUACCUUGAUCAGUGGAUAUUCACAAGAUAGAAGUUAUUGCAGGGAUGCACUGAAACUUUACUGCAAAAUUAAUCAAACAGGCAUGAAAAUCGAUAAUGUAAUCCUAUGCUCCAUGCUUAAUGUUAGUGCCAAUGAAGCUUCGCUGGACCUCGGAAAGCAGAUUCAUGCCCGUGCAGUGAAAAAUCAAUCUAAACACGAUGUAGCUUUGCAAAAUGCUCUUGUUGACAUGUAUGCCAAAUCUGGAGAGCUCAAAGACGCCCAUCUUGCUUUUGAUGAGAUGAAAAGUAAAAAUGUGAUUUCAUGGACUUCUUUGAUUACUGGUUAUGGUAAACAUGGCCAGGGUACAGAUGCAGUGACACUAUUCAAGAAGAUGGAAGAUAACGGGGUGAAACCAAAUGAUAUUACAUUUCUUUCCCUUAUCUCUGCAUGUAGUCAUUCUGGUCUCACUAGAAAAGGAAUGAAUUUCUUUGAUUUAAUGGUCAACAAAUAUGCUAUCCAACCUAGAUCUGAACAUUAUUCUUGUGUUGUUGAUCUUCUUGGACGCCAAGGUCUCAUUAAUGAAGCUUAUAAUUUUGUAAAGAAAAUGAAUUUUAAACCCAACAUAUCAAUUUGGGGUGCUAUGUUGGGGGCUUGUGGGAUACAUGACAAUAGAUCUCUUGGAGAAGUUGCUGCAGGUAAUCUUCUAACCUUAUAUCCUCAAAAAUCAGUAAACUAUGUUGUUCUUGCAAAUAUAUAUGCGACAGCUAGUUUGUGGGAAAAUGCAUGGAGGACAAGAAAAUUAAUGCAACAAAAAUCAAGUCAGAAAGAUGCAGGCUGCAGCUCUAUUGACCUUCCUAGGCAUGUGUUGUUAUAAUCUCACCUUGAGGUUAUGAUUCUGAGAAGUCAUGGACUCAAUGCUUCCUUGUUUGUUCUCAUGCGUCAGAAAGUAACAGGGCAGAUUCUCUUCUCACUGCAUGCAACAAUUGGUUGAAGAGAUAACAGUUCCUGGUAUGAUUUUCCUCUACCUUCUUCCCUAACAUGUGCAUAUUGUUCUAUUGUACUCGUGAA